AUGGCCGCAGCGUUGCGCUCCCCUGCCGACGGCGCGGACAUGGAAAGACAUGCUAGGGCAGGCCAAGUGGAGGUUCGCUUGCGCGCAAGUUUUAAACUCGACAUUGUGUUGCGCCACCUGGAAGCAGGCAGGCAGCACGGGAGAGUGCGAGUGCUGCAAGGGUGUCCGCUUCCGUCUGGAGCUACUCCUGUGGAGCUUUGGUAUGCUUGUUUGGAUUCUCAAGGUCGAGAUUGUCGGACUCAGCUGCUCGACUUGGCAGUGUUGCCAUGGCCGCUGCGCGAUGCCAUGGGCCAGGACUUGGUGCCAACAUCCGAUGUUCCGCUGCUGCAAGGCAAGCGGCAGAGAGUAGUUAUCAAUCGGCAGACGGCGUUGGAUGCGGAAAGAUGGUGGCCAGCUUUGUAG